AUGUCUAUGAAAUGGACUUCAGCUCUUCUGCUGAUACAGCUGAGCUGUUACUUUAGCUCUGGGAGUUGUGGAAAGGUGCUGGUGUGGCCCACAGAAUUCAGCCAUUGGAUGAAUAUAAAGACAAUCCUGGAUGAGCUUGUCCAGAGAGGUCAUGAGGUGACUGUAUUGGCAUAUUCAACUUCCAUUCUUCCUGAUCCCAACAACCCAUCUGCUCUUAAAUUUGAAGUUUGUCCUACAUCUUUAACUGAAACUGAGUUUGAGGAUAUCGUCACGCAACUGGUUAAGAGAUGGUCAGACAUUCCAAAAGACACAUUUUGGCCACAUUUUUCACAAGUACAAGAAAUGAUAUGGUCAUAUGGUGACAUGAUUAGAAAAUUCUGUCAAGAUGUGGUUUCAAAUAAGAAACUUAUGAAAAAACUACAGGAGUCAAGAUUUGAUGUUGUUCUUGCAGAUGCUAUUUCCCCCUGUGGUGAGCUGCUGGCUGAGCUACUUAAAAUACCCUUUGUCUACAGCCUCCGCUUCUCUCCUGGCUAUGCAAUUGAAAAGCAUGGUGGAGGAUUUCUGCUCCCUCCUUCCUAUGUGCCUGUUGUUAUGUCAGAAUUAAGUGAUCAGAUGACUUUCACGGAGAAAGUAAAAAAUAUGAUCUAUGUGGUUUAUUUUGACUUUUGGUUCCAAAUAUGGGAUACGAAGAAGUGGGAUCAAUUUUACAGUAAAGUUCUAGGAAGACCCACAACGUUAUUCCAGACAAUGGCAAAAGCUGAAAUAUGGCUUAUUCGAAACUACUGGGAUUUUCAAUUUCCUCAUCCAGUCUUACCAAAUGUUGAGUUCGUUGGAGGACUCCACUGCAAACCUGCCAAACCCCUACCUAAGGAAAUGGAAGAGUUUGUCCAAAGCUCUGGAGAAAAUGGUAUUGUGGUGUUUUCUCUGGGGUCAAUGGUCAGUAACAUGUCAGAAGAACGGGCCAAUGUAAUUGCAUCAGCCCUUGCCAAGAUCCCACAAAAGGUUCUGUGGAGAUUUGAUGGCAAUAAACCAGAUACCUUAGGACUCAAUACUCAGCUUUACAAGUGGAUACCCCAGAAUGAUCUUCUUGGUCACCCAAAAACCAGAGCUUUUAUAACUCAUGGUGGAGCCAAUGGAGUCUACGAGGCGAUCUACCAUGGAAUCCCUAUGGUGGGCGUUCCAUUGUUUGCAGAUCAACCUGAUAACAUUGCACACAUGAAGGCCAAGGGUGCAGCUGUUAGUUUGGACUUCAACACAAUGUCAAGUACAGACUUACUCAAUGCACUGAAGACAGUAAUUAAUGAUCCUUUAUAUAAAGAGAAUGCUAUGAAAUUAUCAAGAAUUCAUCAUGAUCAACCAGUGAAGCCCCUGGAUCGAGCAGUCUUCUGGAUUGAGUUUGUCAUGCGCCAUAAAGGAGCCAAACACCUUCGGGUUGCAGCCCACGACCUCACCUGGUUCCAGUACCACUCUUUGGAUGUGAUUGGGUUCCUGCUGGCCUGUGUGGCAACUGUGAUAUUCAUCAUCACAAAAUGUUUGUUUUGUGUCUGGAAGUUUGUUAGAACAGGCAAGAAGGGAAAAAGAGAUUAA